AUGAUAAUACGUCCCGUAUGGAUCUUCUUUGUAUUAGUCUUUUUAAUUAUUAAAAAUGUUGUAAUAUGCGAGACGAAUAAAAAAAAUGAUGCAUCCGAAGAUAGCAAUAAAGGAGCAAACGAAACGAAUAACAACUCAUCAUCUUCCCAGAAUAACAACCCAAGUGAUAAAUCAAAUAAUGAAGAUGAUGAUUUUCCUACAAAAACAAUAUCGUUUAAUAUGCCUACAAAUUUAGAAAAUGGUGGGUCUACAGAUGAUAAUUUAGAGAAUAAAGACAAAUCAAAAACGACAAGGAAUAAUUCUUCUCAAUCUAGCAAUAAUGUAACUGAAGAUGGGAUGAGUAAUUCUACAUCUAAAUUAGGACCUCCAUUUAUAUCUUCACGUGGACUUCAACAAACAAAACCAUAUGCACGUUCAGUAUCAAUGCAAGGAAAAAAAGAAGGAGAAAAUAAUAAUAGCCAAAAUAGAUCAAAGUCUGAUGGUCCCCCUGAAGGUCCAGUUAAAGUAGAAUCUGCUUUAUUAAAAAAUUAUAAUGGAAUCAAAGUUACAGGUUCAUGUGGAUCCUAUUUUCGAGUAUAUUUAGCACCACACAUACUGAUAUAUGUUUUAACGAAAAAUUCUUUAAUCCAAAUUGAAUCCCUUUUUGAUGAUAAUACAAGGAUUGAUUUUGAAUAUGCAGAAGAUAUAAUAAAUAAGUGUGAAUCAGGGAAAACGUUUAAGCUCAUUCUCUAUUUAAAGAAUAAUAUACUGACACUUAAGUGGAAGGUUAACCCUCCUCCUGCUGCCGUAGGCCACAAAGUUCAUACUAAGGAAGACGUACGAAGAUUCAAAAUUCCGCAGUUGGAUAGACCAUUCACUUCGAUACAAGUAUACACAGCGGAUGUGAAAUCUGAAAUUAUUGAAACUAAAAAUUAUGCAUUGCAAACGGAUAUUCCAGAAAAAUGCAACUCUAUUGCAACUGAUUGCUUUUUAAACGGAAAUGUGAACAUUGAAAAGUGUUACCAGUGUACACUUCUGAUUCAGAAUAGUGAUCCAUCUUCCAAUGAAUGCUUUAAUUAUGUUUCAAAAGAUAUGAAGGACAAAUGUAAUAAUAUAAAAAUGAUAGGACAAGAUGAUUUAAAUCCAAAGGAAUAUGAGCUAACAGAGUCUAUCGAUGUUAUUUUAAAAAAUAUAUACAAAGUGGAUAAUAUUAACAAGAAAAAAGUGUUAAUAACUUUAGACGAUUUUGACGAUGUUUUGAAAGCAGAGUUAUUGAACUAUUGCAAAUUGUUGAAAGAAAUGGAUGAGAAGGGAACUUUAGAAAAUUAUGAGUUAGGGAAUGAACUAGAAAUAUUUAAUAAUAUUAUUAGAUUGUUAAAAAUGCAUCCUAAGGAAAAUAUUAUUACAUUACAAGAUAAAUUAAGAAAUACAGCUAUUUGUAUAAAAAAUGUUGACGAAUGGGUGGAAAAUAAAAGGGGCUUAGUGUUACCAAAAGAAGGAGAAAUUUCUAGCCUUGAAAGUUCUUCUACCGAUUCGAAGACUAAUGAAACAGAAGAGGAAGAUAAUUAUAAAGAAAAUAAUUACCUGCAUGAAGACAUGUAUAGAAGUGACGAUGAUGGAGUUAUCGAUUUAGUGAAAGCUGGGAAGGAAUUAAAAUUAAGGUCGCCCUAUUUUAAAAAUAGCAAAUAUUGUAAUUAUGAAUAUUGUGAUAGAUGGCAGGAUAAGACUAGCUGUAUUUCAAACAUUGAAGUGGAGGAACAAGGAAAUUGUGGACUUUGUUGGGUAUUUGCAUCUAAGUUGCAUUUAGAAACUAUUAGAUGUAUGAGAGGAUAUGGUCAUUUUAGAAGUUCUGCAUUAUUUGUUGCAAACUGUUCUAAAAGGAAAAAAAAAGAUAUAUGUACAGUGGGAUCAAAUCCUAUAGAAUUCUUGAAAAUUUUAGAAAAAACAGGAUUUUUACCGUUAGAAGCAGAUCACCCAUAUUCAUAUAAAAAUGCAGGAAAUGAAUGUCCAAAACCGAAAGAAAAUUGGGUUAAUCUAUGGGGAAAUAGUAAACUAUUAUUUCAUAAAAUGUAUGGACAUUUUAUGAGUUAUAAAGGUUUUAUUUCUUACGAAAGUAGCCACUUUAGUGAUAAUAUGCAUCUAUUUAUAGAUCUUGUGAAACGUGAAAUUCAAAAUAAAGGUUCUGUAAUUAUUUAUAUAAAAACGAAAGAUGUAAUUGGAUACGAUUUCAAUGGUAGAGGAGUACACACCAUUUGUGGUGACAAAAUGCCUGACCAUGCAGCAAAUAUUGUUGGAUAUGGUAAUUAUAUUAAUACUGAGGGGGAGAAAAAGUCUUACUGGAUUGUUAGAAACAGUUGGGGAUAUUACUGGGGAAAUGAAGGAACUUUUAAAGUAGAUAUGCACGGACCCAAGAAUUGUAAAUACAAUUUUAUUCACACAGCUGUUGUUUUUAAGGUUAACUUAGGUUCCAUUGAUAUACCAAAUCAAGAUAUAGAUUUACAUAGCAGUUAUUUUUCCAGACAUAAUUCUGGUUUCUUUCAUAGUCUCUAUUUUAACAAUUACGAUGAUGAGGCUGACGGGGAAGAAAAAUGGGCCUUUCAGAAGAGUGACAUAAGUGACCAUAAUGGGGAUAUAAAUAAUGACAAUAGUAAUGGCAAUAAUAGUUACAGUAACAGUGACAGCAACAGUGACAGCAACAGUGACAGUAACAGUGACAGUAACAGUGACAGUGAUAAGCGUUCUUACCAAAAAGGCAAGAAGAAGACAAGUGAUUCAUCAAAAAAAGGAUCAAAAAAGAAACAAAUUACAGCUCAAGACUAUGAUAACACAAGCAGCUAUGCUGCUGCUUCUAGUUCUACUUCUAACCAAAGUGCCAAAGCAAACACCAGUGCUGAAAAAAACAUACAGAUAUUACACAUCUUGAAACAUAUAGAAAAUUCCAAAAUUGUAAAGGGAUUAGUUAAAUAUGAAAACAUAAAUGAAACGCAGAAUGAAUAUACUUGCUCACGAUCCCAUUCGAAAAACCCCGACAGAUAUGAUGAAUGUAAGCAGUUCUGUGAGGAAAAUUGGAACAGUUGCAAAAACCAUUACUCUCCUGGAUAUUGCUUAACCAAAUUGUACAAUGGAAGCAACUGUUACUUUUGUUAUGUGUAA